CUUCUGCAGUGACUGAAGAGCCCAGCAUCAUCUUCAAACCUGAAGAUAAUUCAUGGAGUUCGCCAGAGAAAGAGGCGACUUUCCCCAGCUCCAGGGCUGCGGCUGCCGGGGAGAGACCCCCCUCCUUCCCAGCCCCAGCUCGGGGGCUGCUAAGGCCGGGGAGAGAGGGAGACACCCCCCUCCUUCUCAGCCCCAGCUUGGGGGCUGCUGCGACGGGGAAGAGAGGGCACAUCCAUCACAUUAGAAAGGAUUACGACCUGUGCAUCACCUGUUAUAACACUGAAAACCACGACCACAAGAUGGAGAAAUUGGGCCUUGGCCUAGACAAUGAGAGCAACAACCAGCAGACUGCAACCACCCAGAGCCCUGGUGACUCUCGCCGCCUGAGCAUCCAGCGCUGUAUCCAGUCCCUUGUCCAUGCCUGCCUGUGUCAUAACGCCAACUGUUCACUGCCGUCCUGUCAGAAGAUGAAGCGAGUUGUCCAACAUACCAAAGGCUGCAAGCGCAAGACCAACGGAGGGUGCCCUAUUUGCAAACACCUCAUUGCUCUUUGCUGCUACCAUGCAAAGCACUGCCAGGAGAACAAGUGCCCGGUGCUCUUUUGCCUCAAUAUUAAACACAAGCUUCGCCAACAGCAACUUCAGCACCGUCUGCAGCAGGCCCAGAUGCGCCGAAGGAGGAUGGCGAGCAUGCAGAGGACCGGUGUGGUAGGUCAGCAGCAAGGAUUGCCUUCACCAACCCCAGCCACACCAACAACUCCACCAGGCCAGCAGUGUAGCCCAUAGAGCUAGUUUAGCCUUUUAUUAUAUUUAGCAGUAACGCAAGGAACCUACAGGCCUGUACCCUGUAAGACAUUAGCUUAAGCAAGAUAGAAUAAGAAUAGCGUAGCAUAGUAGGCCUAUGUCCCUUGGCAUAGAUAAAGGGCCUGACAAGGAGAAAGUUUUUUAUAUGGGCAGCAUGGAUAGAAAGAGACCCUCUAUCCGUGUCAGCACCUGCCCUGGGCAUUAUGAACUGUAAGGCAAUAGGGCUGCUCAGUAAAUUCCCUUAAAACUAAUCUGUCAGUGAUUGCAGCAUAUUGUAUUCCAGGGGAAGCAGUUUCUACAUUGAAAGGGGACAUUUAACAUCCCUCCUCUGCAUUCCCAAUGCCUUUGAGAGGCUUCUCCCUCAUCCUAGCCAAGCUGCUAGUCUCUGUUUCAAUCUCAAGGAGAAUGUUCUGUCCCUGGCUCUGAAGCCUGCAUUCCUUGUGGUGACAGCGCUGGUCAGGAGAGUCCCAGAGCUCCAGGCUGUAGUGACUAGCCCUGCUUAGGGCAUGCUUCCCGAAGAUGAAGUGGUGCUGCAGCCUCCUGCUGAAAGUGGCCUCAAACUUCAAGCUGAGUAAGACCAAUGUACUGUGGGGUUGGUCAGGCUGUCAAGGCUAAGAUGCUGGAGGUGCCCUUUUAGCUACUAACCUAAUGGGACAAAAUCCUUCAUUAAAUCUCUCAGAUAAUUCUUGGGUUAGUCAUGUGUGGAAAUAUCUCAGGAGAGAGGAUCUGUAUGGGCCAUCUACAGGAGCUGUCCUGAAUUAUUUCUCCCCACAAACCCCUGGCUUUCUACUAGUUGCUCUGAAGAACGGGGUGCUUUGGAGGGGAGGUUGGAUUUAGUGCAGCAUAUGCCCCCUUUAAAGUUGGGGGAAAUAGAUUUGCCACCCUCUGCACGACCCUCUUCUUCCACUCUCAGGUGCCCCACCAUUCCUGAGAACCUGAAAUCGCUGGCCCACUCUACCCCCUCUCAAGAGCCUCAGCCCCCUGGAAGCCCCUCCCCUCUACUGUUCUCUCCCAGGACCCCAUCUCCCCUACUCCACACCUGACCCCCUCCCUGCUGGCGAGCCUGGCCAUUGGUGAUGUCUGUCUCACUUCCCGGGUGGCCCUUGGUGCUGAGAGGUGCCAUCAUGGUUUUGGCAACUGUCAGGUGAGGCCCCGGUCUGCUGCGCAUACAGAGUGGGACCUGGGUGGCUUCUGUUCCAGCCAUGAUGAGCAUGACCACUAGUUACAAGAUCACCAAACAGGCAUCAACAAAAAGAAGACCAGCCAAUGACAUCUCUUAACUGGCAAGAGAGUAGAAAACCCAGCCCAGUCAGUGGCAACCCUAUUUUCCAUGUACCUGCUUAAAAGUGGUCAGGCGGUGGCCCAGGUGUCAUGCCCCCCAUCCAGCCCUGCAGCCUAGGGCACAGGCUCUAAUCUACCUUUGGUAGUGGGGGUCGUCGCUCAGUGAUUAGUGGCUAUUCUGGGCUAGAACUGUUCUGUACUCCUGGUUGUGAAAAUGCUUUAGGAUAUUGUUUUCUUUUCUGGUGCAGUCAAACUAUUAAACAAUGUGUGUUCACCACUGUUA